CCCAUCUCUCUUCAUCCUCUCUGCCCCUCCUCUCUGUCCAGUAGUCUGCCUCCAGCUGAUGCUGAUGUAUUGGCAGCUUGAUCAUUCCACCCCGCUGAGUUUGGUAUCAGGAUAUGCGUGUUACUUUAGCUGUGAAUGUGUGUUGUGCCCACAAGUGUGUGUGUGUGUGUGUGUGUGUGUGUGUGUGUACUUCCUAGUUCCUCAUUUCUAUUUUUGUUCCAUUGAUAUUUUGUCCAACUCCCCGCCCCUCUGUGGAAGGGUUAGGAGGGUCAGCUAUAGCGAUGUUCUCCUCGUCCUCAAAACCCUCUCUCUUCUCCUACUGGACGUCCAUGGAGCAGACAGACUCUGAAGUGCUGGACAUUAGCACCAAGGUGCAGCUGCAUGGGGUGCUCUGGAAGAGGCCCUUCGGACGGUCCUCCGCCAAGUGGUCCCGCAGAUUCUUUAUCAUCAAAGACAGUUUCCUGCUCUACUAUGCAGAGAAUGAGAAGAGAAGCUUUGAGACCAACAAAUACUUUAACAUCCACCCCAAGGGUGUGAUCCCCUUAGGAGGCUGUGUUGUGGAUCCGAAGGAAGACCAGGGCAUGCCAUUCGCCAUGGUUAUAAAUCAUGACGACUUCACUGGUAACAUUGUACUGGCUGCAGAGAAUGAGGCAGAACAGAACCAGUGGCUGGAGAUGCUGCAGGAGUCUGGCAGAGUCACCUGGAAGAACGCCCAACUGGGAGAAGCCAUGAUAGAGAGCCUGGAAGCCCAGGGACUGCAGCUUGCCAAGGAGAAGCAAGAGUACCUGGAUAAGCUGAUGGAGGAGACAGAAGAACUGAGCCUGCAGAGAGAACAGAAGGAGCAUCUGGAACGUCUGAACCUGGUUCUGGAGGAGGAGAAGCAGAAGUUUGAGGAGCUGGUGACAGAGCUUAGAGCAGAGCAGGAUCAGAUCAAACUGGACUUGGACGGCACAGCACAGUCUCUGAAAGGUGUGGAGUCUGAAAAAGAGGAGCUGAACAAUUUAACAACACUUCUACAGAAAUCUAUUGAGGAGCUGUCCCAUGAGAAGCAGCGAACCCUGGAGUUGCUGAGGGAGAAGGACCUUGAGCAGGGGGCUGAGCAUCCAGAGAAAGAGGAGGAGGAGGAGGUGCAGCCCGGUGACACGGGACUGCGAUCGGAGCUGAGACACAUUGAAGAGCAGAUGAGGGAACUGCAGAGAGAGAAGGAGCAGGCUGAGGAGAGACUAACGGAGAAUGAGCAACGUGCCACAGUUCUGCAACAGGAGAUAGAGUUCUACUCCUGUCAGUCCAGGACUCUACAGCAGUCCCUCACACAGCUCACUGUGGACAAGAAGCAGACUGAGGUGGAACUCAAGGCGGAGAUUGAAUCUCGUAUGGAGCUGGAGCGGAGGCUGAAGCAGGCUGAGGAGGCUCUACAGAACCUGGAGAAAGGUCUGAGCUCUCUGGAACGCUCCAAAGAGAAGGAUGACAAGAUGAAGGGAGACGUCAACAACCUCAGGAAGUUCUUUGAGGAGUGUAUCUGUGCUGCAGAGAUUGAGGCCAAGCUCCCUUCUAUAAUGAAGAAUGCUGUGUAUCUCCACAAGGCUACAGCACGACGCAUUAAGAGCUGCCGGAUCCAGAGACGAGCCUCCAAACACCACUGGUUGAAACACUCCCAGUCAUUCGUUGUUGCCCGUGGCGACAGCGCCGGCAUGGAGGACCUGAGGGAGACUGCCCGGCGACUGACCUCCGACAGCUGCUUCAGGAAGAGCGUCUACAAGAUCAUCACACGCCACGACCAGGAGGCCUCCGCCAAGAAAGAUGACUGACAGAGAGAUAGGGAGGGAGGGAUGGAUUGCGGGAGGGAUUUUGUGUGUGUGUGUGUGUGUGAGAGACUGAUUCCUCAGUGUAAUAGUGUCAAGUCCUGUCGUCUGCUCCCACGGUGUUGUAGCUGGUUUCGGGACUAUCUUUAUGAUGUCAUCUCUUCAACAGCCUGGUUGUAUUCAAACUGCGUUACAAGACUUUUUAUUAAAAAUAUUUUUAUUCAAACAAAAUUAAUGUUUAUUGCAAAAGGCAUAGCAGCUCUCUUUACUGUCCUAUAGCUUCGAGGACGGUUGGAAAAAUAAUGGAUAUAGUUAUUGAACCAACACGAUAUGACAAUGUGAUGGUUUAAAGUACAGUACAGGCAGAAGCCUUAAACCUCACCCUGUGUAACACCAAAGAUGUACUCUUUAAAAUAGGAAUGCAAUUGUAAAUCAACCAUAUAGCCAACACACACACUGCAAGUCGACACACACACUGCAAGUCGACACACACACUGGAAGUCGACACACACACUGGAAGUCGACACACAC